AUGACAACACUCUACGCCAGAGAGCUCGAAAUUGCUCUUCUGGCCGUGCAGCGCGCGGCGCUUUUAACACGGCGCGUCUUCCGCGAGUCAGCCGAGCAAAAGGGCACCGUCUCCAAGGACGAUGCUUCCCCCGUGACAGUAGGCGACUUCGGCGCGCAAGCCCUCAUUAUCUCAGCGCUGCGCCACAACUUCCCGCGCGACGCCAUCGUUGCCGAAGAGGAAGCAUCCGUGCUGCGCGAAGACACCCGCCUGCGCGACCGGGUCUGGGGUCUGGUCCGGGACACCAAGCUCUCUGAUAUAGGUGCGGAGGGCCUGCUGGGCGGCGCGGUGCCCGACGUCGACUCCAUGCUGCACCUGCUGGACCAGGGACAGAGUCAAGGUGGCAGGAUAGGGCGUGUGUGGACUAUUGACCCGAUUGAUGGCACCAAAGGCUUCCUGCGCGGCGGACAGUACGCGGUGGCUCUGGCGUUGUUGGAGGAUGGGGACGUCAAAGUUGGCGUGCUGGGGUGCCCUAACCUGCCUGUGGACGACUCAGCACCGCUGACUGAGAAUAUUGGUCUUGAAGUAGGCAAUGAUAAGGGGAGGGGUGUGCUGUUUGCUGCAGUCAAGGGGGAGGGUGCGACAAGUCGGCCGCUUGGGACGGGGACCCUCGCAGAGGGGCACAAGAUUCACAUGAAGCCGCUUAUAGACAUGAAAAAUGCCUGCUUCUGUGAGAGCGUCGAAGCUGGCCACUCAAACCAGUCAGAGGCAGCGAAGAUUGCGCAAAAGUUGGGGAUUACAAAGCCCAGUGUGCGGAUGGAUUCUCAGGCCAAGUACGGCUCCAUCGCCCGCGGUGCGGGUGAUAUCUACCUUCGCCUGCCGACGUCCAAGUCGUACCAGGAGAAGAUCUGGGACCAUGCUGCAGGUGACUUGAUUGUCCGCGAAGCCGGAGGCCUGGUCACGGACACCCGAGGCAACCGGUUAGACUUUGGCGUCGGGCGAACGCUGGCCAGCAACAGCGGCGUGGUGGCCGCGCCAUCAGCUGUGCACAGUCAGGUUCUCGACGCCGUUCAGGAGGUUCUCGGGCUCAAGAAAUAA